GCCUUCUUACUGGACGAAACGGCUGAGACCCUCUGCUGUGCCGUCUGAGGCUCUCCAUCCAAAGUCACCAAACUGAUGUCAACACUCUUCUACUAGAUCACCUGGAGAAGGAUAGUUCCCCAGGCCAGUUCCCCCAUCUUGUGCACUCUUGGAGCCCUCAUGGUUCAUGAAAGGGGACAGAGAAGCCCGACACCUCUGACGUACUUCAGAAGUGAGGGAACAGGGAACUCCAUAGGACAGGAAGAGCCACAAACUCCUUCACACAUCCCAAGCCUGCAGAGACCAGUGGGGACUCCAGGAAAAGAUCCAAAGCCUAUGUAUUUUCAGAGCAAGGGUGUGUUGGGCUCCAGCAUGAUACUGAACUGGCUUCUGCCUUUGCCAGCUUAUUCCUCCUUUUGAAAACAAGGCAUGUUUCAGAAUCCAUGAGUUGUCAGGGAGGGAGAGGGUAGACCCCUCAUAACAUCCCACUCAGAGCAUUCACAGGCCUUUUGAUACCAAAAUUGUCGGUGCUUCAGGGAAUGCCCAAAAUGACUUAUAAAUCAUCUCAUAAAAGGCAAGGAGAAUGAAGCAGGAAGACUAACUUAGGCUUAAAAGCAUCACAGAUAAAGAAAUUCUGUAAACUUAGUAUAUAUGCACUAGCUUCCUAGCAGCUAAGGAGUAAAAAAAAAAAGGCAGAUCAAAAAAAAAAAAAAAUACAGGAGAAGCAAUUAGAAAACCUGUCAUGGAAGGGGACUUCAAUUUAUAAAGCACUCAGGUUUAUCUCAGCCUCUCCCUAACACAGACCAGACCUCCAAAGCUGAGGAUAAUCGAAGCUAAUGGACAAGUGAUGAAUGAAAGGGGAUGAAUCAUAACUGAAAAGAUGGAAUAGCAGUUGGAGACUCCAAAGCCCUUUGGAAAGAAAAACACAAGGGUUACUUUGUAUCCGAAAAAUGAGAUGGAUUAUGGAGCUGUCCUCGGUCCUGAUGAAGAAAAGGAAGCUUUCUAAGAGUCAUUUUUGGAGAAAUCAAGAUCAAGAUCAGGAAGAUGUCUCAGAAGAGCAUGCCCUGUAACUGAUGCAGAGGGAAAACAUAGCCAAUGUGGAAAAUUUAUUGUAAAGCUAAUUACUGAGAGAAGAAAGUAUCUCUCUGCCCUUGCCCAAGAGGAGUGAGUUCUGGACACUGGAAUGGCUCCCAUGCUCCUGACAGCCAGGUCUCCCCAGGAGCCGGUGACCUUCCAGGAUGUGGCGGUGGUCUUCACGCAAGAGCAGUGGGCUUGCCUGGAACCUUCUCAGAAGGAGCUGUACCGGGAUGUGAUGCUGGAGACCUAUGAGAACCUGCUCUGCCUGGGACUGGCCGUGUGUAAGCCACGGGUGAUCCACCAGCUGGAGCAAGGGGAGGCUCCUUGGACGCCAGAGAGGAGAGUCCUGGGCAGCGGCCGUCCAGAUUGGAACAGUAUACCUGAAACCAAGGAGUCAGCUUCCAAACUAGGCAUAUCAUGGGAGAAUUUUUCUCAAAAUAAACUUACAAAGGAACAUUUCUCUAUAUCCAGCUUGAAAGAAGCUUGGGCAUGUGGUGGAAAAUUAGGGAAGCAACAGAGCAUUGAGGAGAACAUUUCUAAACAAGUAAAAAUCACUCAAAAGAAAACUUACAGUGAGGUAAGAAGCCAUGAAAGUAAUAAGUAUAACCGAAGCGUCAGUUUGGAACCAAAAGAUUUUGCUCCACAGAGAAUUUUCUUAGGAAAGGAUUUUCUCAGAUGUGAUUCUGACAGAAAGAACUUUUUUCUAUCUUCAGAACCAAGAAAGUGUCAUAGAACUUGCUCUAAGGAGAUAGAGUCUAGGUAUAGUGAAUGUGAUAAGUCCUUCACUUCUCACUCAGAUUUUAUUGCAUAUCAUAGAUUUUAUCCUACAGAGAAACAUGAUUAUUCUAAUGAAUAUGAGAAAGCUAUUAAUUUCAGCCCAUUUAUUAAUUCCCAUCAGAAUAUUGAUAUUGAAGAGAAUGCUCUUAAUUAUAUUAAAUUUGAGAAAGCUGCCAUCCAAAAUGUACAAUUAAUUGAACAUCAGAGAAUUCAUACUGGAGAGACACCUGAAUAUAGUAAAUAUGGGGAGCUUUUCAACCAUGGUUCAUCCCUUGCUUCCCAUCAGAGGAUUCACACUGAAAAAAAAUCUAACCAUUGUUUGAAGUCCUUCCUUCAGAGUUCACAGCUUUCUCCUCACCAGCAAAUUUAUACUGAAAAGAAGCCUCACGAAUGUAAUCAAUGUGGGAAGGCCUUCCAUCGGAAAGGACAGCUUACUCAGCACCAGAAAAUUCAUACUGGAGAGAAACCUUUUGAGUGUAAUGACUGUGGAAAGCCUUUCCGCCUGAGGGAACACCUUACCCGACAUCAGAGGAUCCAUACUGGAGAGAAACCUUAUGAAUGCAAUGAAUGUGGGAAGGCAUUCCACCUGAGGGAACUCCUUACUCUCCAUCAGACUAUUCAUACUGGAGAGAAACCUCAUAAAUGUGUUGAAUGUGGAAAAGCCUUCAGUCAGAGAGGACAUCUUAAUCUACAUCAGAGAAUUCAUACUGGAGAAAAACCGUAUAAAUGUAAUGAUUGCGGGAAACUCUUUCGUCUGAAAGAACACCUUACUCGACAUCAGAGAAUUCAUACUGGAGAAAAACCUUAUGAAUGUAAUGAAUGUGGGAAGUUUUUCAGACGAAGAGGACUUCUUACUCGGCAUCAGAUUAUUCACACUGGAGAAAAACCUUACAAAUGUAAUGAAUGUGGUAAAGCCUUUAGCUUGAGAGAAUCAUUUACUCGACAUCAAACUAUUCAUACUGGAGAGAAACCUUAUGAAUGCAAUGAAUGUGGGAAGGUCUUUAGCCUGAGAGGAUCAUUUACUCGACAUCAAAGUAUUCAUACUGGAGAGAAACCAUAUGAAUGCAAUGAAUGUGGAAAAGCUUUCCAUCUGAGUACAGAACUUACUCGACAUCAGAGAAUUCAUAGUGGAGAAAAACCUUAUGAAUGUAACAAAUGUGGAAAGUCCUUUCACGUGAGCACAGAGCUUACCAGACAUCAGAGGAUUCAUACUGGAGAGAAGCCUUAUGAGUGUAAUGAAUGUGGAAAGGCCUUCCACCUGAGAGAAUACCUUACUCGACAUCAGAGGAUUCAUACUGGAGAAAAACCUUAUGAAUGCAGUGACUGUGGAAAGGCUUUCCGUCUAAGAGAACACCUUACUCGUCAUCAGAGGAUCCAUACUGGAGAGAAACCUUAUGAAUGCAAUCAAUGUGGGAAGGCCUUCCACUUAAAAGAACUCCUUACUCUCCACUGGAGUAUUCAUACUGGAGAGAAACCUCAUAAAUGUAAUGAAUGUGGGAAGGCUUUUAGCCAGAGAGGACACCUUACUGUACAUCAGAGGAUUCACACUGGAGAGAAACCUUAUGAAUGUAAUGAAUGUGGAAAGGCCUUCCAUGCAAGAGAACUGCUUACUCUCCAUCAUAGUAUUCAUACUGGAGAAACACCUUACAAAUGUAAUGAAUGUGGGAAGUUCUUCAGCCAGAGAGGACACCUUACAGGACAUCAGAGAAUUCACACUGGAGAAAAACCUUAUGAAUGUAAUGACUGUGGGAAAGUUUUUCGUCUAAAAGAACACCUUACUCAGCAUCAUAGGAUCCAUACUGGAGAGAAGCCUCAUAAAUGUAAUGAAUGUGGAAAGGCCUUCAGCCGGAGAGAACACCUUACUAGACAUCAGACAAUUCAUACUGGAGAGAAACCUUAUGAGUGUAAUGAAUGUGGGAAGGCCUUUAGCCUGAGAGGAUCACUUACUCGACAUCAGAGUAACAAAUGUCAUCCCAUAUUUGGAAAUUAAGCUAAGAUUUUGUAGGACCUGAUUGUGGACAACUACAAAAUUCUGAGAAGUAAAUUAAAGAACUAAAUAAUUGGAUGGAAUUCAGUGUUCAUAAUUUUUUUCCUAGCAUAAUGAAACAAAUAUUUCUUAAAAUAAUUUACAAGUUUCAUAUAAUAUUCCUCAAAGUACCAAAAAAAUUUUUAGCUGUUCAAAUCUUUUGACUGGGCAUGUGCCAAGAUCAUUAGAAAAAAUAGUAAUCCCUUGUUCUUGUUCAAUCAUUUUAGU